UCACAUGCAGUGAAUUAUGUGAGUGUGAUCGGUAGUGUAGGUAGCAAAAUCAAUUACAUUUCCACCCUCGUCGAAGAACAAAAGUUUCACGAAAAUGGUUCGCUACACGGUUCUCUACACGUUCAUGACGACCACAGCCUUGGUCCUGCUGUUCUUCGCCCUCUAUUAUACAUUGAACGGAAAGGGCGAGCAAUUGAGUAUAGGAUGGUUUUUGGAUGAGACUACCCCAUAUAUGUGGGCUGCAACGGGGAUCGCGCUUGCAGUCUCACUUUCCGUUGUCGGGGCUGCUUUAGGAAUUUACACUACCGGAGCUAGUAUCAUGGGUGCUGGAGUGAAAGCUCCAAGAAUCAAGACCAAAAAUUUGAUCUCUAUUAUCUUUUGCGAAGCCGUUGCCAUUUACGGUUUGAUCACGGCCAUAGUUCUUUCUGGUUUAUUGGAAGAUUAUGGAUCCAUCGGUAAUUUGAAUGAAUUGGAGCUUGAGCAGGCGGUGAUAAAGAAUUGGAUGGGCAGUCAUAUCAUCUUCGGGGCUGGAUUUUCUGUAGGUUUCGUAAAUCUGUUCUGCGGUAUGUGUGUGGGAAUCGUUGGAUCUGGAGCUGCCAUCGCGGACGCAGCGAAUUCAAGUCUUUUCGUGAAAAUUCUAAUUGUCGAAAUUUUCGGUAGUGCCAUUGGUUUGUUCGGCCUCAUCAUUGGCAUCUACAUGACCUCCAAGGGUGGAAUGGGAAAGGUUUAAGAAGAUUAUCGGGAAGUUUAAAGAGGUGUACUCUAAGAGUAAGCACCUCGCUAGAGUCUUGUAAAUGUUAAGAUUUGUAGAUAUUAAUAAUGCUAAUUAAUAAACGAGGUCUAUUUUAAA